AUGGAUAUCUCGUCUGAUCAAUUGAAGGCGAUGGAGGAGGGGAAAGCUGGAGUUCGUGAAGAGGGAGAAGAGAUGACCCCACCGUCGACCGUGUCAACCGAGAAAACACUCGCGCCGGACUCCCGCAGUACCACCAUCCGACCCCUUUCAUCGCUCUCAAAGUCAACGAAAGGAGCAACCCCCCUAAGUUCGUCCGCAUCAAGACAGCGGUCUCCAAGAUCAUGGCGCUCAACCUUCCUAAAUAUCUUCCAGCCGGCGACAAUAUCGUGGAGAAGAAGACCAAGGCGACCGAAAUACAAAGUUCCUGUCGUGGUUAGACAAUUGGAAGACUGCCCACUUGGCUACCCCAACCUCGCCGCCUUUCUAGAUAGCGACGAGAACUUCAUGAUAUACCGGCGAUUCGGAUAUAUACAAGCCCGGCUGCUCCUAGAGAAGCAAGAUGAAUUGCGGAAACUGGAGAAGCGGUUGGACACUAUGGAUAAGCGGGAUGAACAUAACAAGUCUCGGAGAUUGAUUACUCGAGAUUUAAAGAAGAAAGAUGCUGAGCCUCGCCGAGAGCUUUUCAAGACACUGGAGAAGGCCUUUUGCGAAUAUGCGAAUCUCGUUACUGCAGCGCAAUCGCUAGUGGCAUCCAACAGGCCCUCCUCCAGCGAUUACCAGAGCGUCGCCAACUACAUGCGAAAUAAGGAGCUUGUUGUUGAGGAAGAGCGUGAGUGGAUAUAUCGCAAAGAAGACAUGAUUACGCUCAGGGCUGGACGGGAGCAUGCUCGGCUUGAUGCUGGCAUAGAGGGCUUCUUUAAGCUCUUUCAUUGCGACCUUAUCAAGUGGCUUUUCUGCUCGAAGGAAACCCAGAUGAAAUCUAAUGGCGAUGAGAUAUACUACACCCGCUCGCGCAUCAAUCUUCUCGUCAACUCGAUCAUAACCUUCGUGAUAUUGAUCCUCUUAGUCUUACCGAUCUACAUUCUGUAUCAUCUCAUCAAGGAUGUCGGCACCGGAAAAGCGUACGGAAUCUGUAUUGGCGUCCUGCUUUUGGCUACACUCGCGUUCUCAGCAAUUUUGUCGCUUUUCACGAGAGCCAAACGACACGAGAUUCUCGCCGCAGCUGCAGCAUAUUGUGCGGUACUUGUUGUCUUCUUCGGCAACGUUGGAAGACCAUAA